UCAUGGGUUCUGCAUCCUCCUAGAGCAAAAUGAAAACUACAAGCUUUAACCAGACACUGGACACUGAUAAAAGUCACAAGACUGCUCUAACUGCUGAUGAGAAAAGGUAUUUAGCAGUUUUUAUAUUUACUAAAAUAAUUGAAUUUCCAUGUUCUGUGCACUGUGGGAGACCAGAUAUAGUGAAUGCAGGGUCCUGGGUUUAGUAAAACUUUGAGAAUAAAACCUGGAAGCUGAUUGG